GCAGGCAGACGUGCUGUGGAGACACUUUACCGGAGACACAAAGUACCGGCGCGUUCAUCUCUCUGACACCUCACUCGUCUCUCUCGGUCACUUUUUGGACGUUUCUGUCUUUGGCCCGGGGUGUGGCUUCUGAGAAUCAGGGUCGUGGAUUAUUGGGCUGUUUUUGGAGAAUAACUGAUGCAUCUCCAUAUGAGCGCAUGACCUCUCCUCCCUCAAAAGGUUGGGGCUCACCCAGCUGGAAAGAGACCCUGACCUGGGGAAAAAUCCAGAUGAACAUGGAGUCAUUUAUCCUCUGGAGGGCUGCCCUCAUCUUCCUCAUGGUUCCCUCUGUCCAGUGUGCAGAGACUGAGCCCCAGAGUGCAGUGUUCCUGCCAGAGUUUGCCCUCUCACCUCAGGGCAGCUUCAUGGAGGAUGCCACAGAAGAUCAGUUUCUAACCUACAGAUACGACGACCAGGCGUCCAGGAUGACCCGCUCAGAUGAAGAAAGUGACAUGGGUUGGGACGCCUGGGGCCCCUGGAGCGACUGCUCUCGAACUUGCGGGGGAGGAGCCUCUUACUCCCUACGACGCUGUCUCAACGGAGGAAGCUGUGAUGGCAAAAACAUCCGCUACAGAACCUGCAGCAACAUGGAAUGCCCAGCAGAGUCAGGUGAUUUCCGGGCCCAGCAGUGUUCAGCUCACAACGACAUCAAGUACCAGGGUGUUACCUAUGAGUGGGUCCCAGCACCUUAUGACCCCUUAGCACCCUGUGCACUGCGAUGCCAGGCUAAAGGGAGAAGUCUCACUGUUGAACUGGCCCCCAAGGUGCUGGAUGGGACACGAUGCAGGGCGGAUGCCUUUGACAUGUGUAUCAGUGGACUUUGUCAGGAGGUGGGCUGUGAUCGCCAGCUGGCCAGCGGUGCCAGGGAGGAUAAUUGCGGCGUGUGUGGUGGCGACGGCUCCACCUGCCGGCUGGUACGAGGACAAGCAAUACCCCACCUAACACCAGAACAAUCUCUAAAGACGGUGCUUGAGGUGCCGUUGGGAAGCCGCUUUCUUAGACUCAAUGCCAAAGGACCUGACAUGAUAGUUAUCGAAGCUAUCUCUCUUCAGGGGAGGAAGGAGGAGACCAGUCUGGCGUCUGUAGGCUCCUAUGUGAUAGGAAACACCUCCUUGGACUUCCACAGAGGGACGGACAGGCAGACUCUCAGGACACGUGGCCCACUCAGUGCUGAUUACAUUAUCAAGAUGAAGUAUGGAGGCUCCAAGGACACAGUUGUCCAGUUUGUCUUCUACCAGCCAAUCAGGUACCAGUGGAGAGAGACCGACUUCUUCCCCUGCUCGGUCACCUGUGGAGGAGGCUAUCAGCUGAACUCUGCGGAGUGCACAGACAUCCGGUCCAACCAGACCCUGCCUGAGCACCAGUGUAACAGCUAUCCCGAAAAUAUCAAACCCACACCAAAACUGAAGGAGUGCAACAUGGACCCAUGCCCAGAGAGUGAUGGAUUCAAAGAGGUGAUGCCAUAUGACCACUUCCAACCACUGCCUCGCUGGGAGCAGGGCCCCUGGACCCAGUGCUCGGUGUCCUGUGGUGAAGGUGGCGGAUGGCAGGAUCGCAGCGUGCUGUGUGUGGAGGAGGACACCCAGGGACAGUUCUCCCAGGUGGAGGAGUGGAAGUGCACCCACUCCCCUCGACCUAUCACCCGACAGAUUUGUAACACCUUCAUCUGCCCCCAGUGGGUGGCCAUGGAGUGGUCUCAGUGCACAGUGACCUGUGGCCGUGGCCUGCGUUACCGGGUGGUUCUGUGCAUCGACCAUCGUGGGCAGCACAUUGGAGGCUGUGAAGCUUCCCUCAAACCUCACGUUAAAGAAGACUGUCUGGUCCCUAUUGCCUGCCACAAACCCAGAGAAUCCCUGCCAGUGGAGGCCAAGGUGCCCUGGUUAAAACAAGCCCACGAACUGGAGGAACACCAAACUGCUACAGAGGACCCCACGUGA